GCCUCUUGCCUAUCGUCGUUGUUAAGCGUUGGAUGGCUCCUCCCAAAGGCUGCAAAAGCCAACGGUAUUUUUAAAGACUUCGCUGUAGCGUGGGGCCUUUAGGGUUUUUUUUCCCCCUUUACGAUCGGCCCUUGUGUGCAUCGUGUUUUGGCUCGCUUCUUGCUAUUUAUCCCCAUUUUGUUGCCCUCCAGACUAAAAGUUCUUCUUAGACCGCGCAAUGUUUCGCUUCCUGAGGGGCUUUGUGCUCCCGGAGGCUGUCUGUGAGGCGCCCGACAGUAAUUCGAGAUACGAAAACCUCUUCAAAAAACUAGAUCGCAACGAGGACGGUCGAGUGGACAUUGCUGAGCUACAAAGUGGCCUUAAAGAGUUGGGCAUCCCUCUGGGGGAUGACGCGGAGAAGAAAAUUUUCAGGGCUGGAGACACUAAUCAGGAUGGAAGACUGGACUUUGAAGAGUUUACACGUUAUCUUAAAGACCAUGAGAAGAAAAUGAAACUUGCAUUUAAAAGUCUGGACAAAAAUAAUGAUGGUGUAAUUGAAGCCUCAGAGAUUGUUCAGUCCCUGAAGAUACUGGGCAUAGAUAUUUCUGAAAAGCAGGCAGAGAAGAUUCUGCAAAGCAUCGAUGCUGAUGGGACAAUGUCAGUGGACUGGAAUGAAUGGCGAGAUCAUUUUCUCUUUAAUCCUGCUACAGACAUUCAAGGAAUUGUCCGUUACUGGAAACAUUCCACAGUAUUAGACAUUGGAGAUAGUUUAACUAUUCCUGAUGAAUUCACUGAAGAAGAGAAGAAGACUGGCCAGUGGUGGAAGCAGCUUUUGUCAGGUGGAGUUGCUGGUGCUGUGUCUCGAACAGGCACAGCACCCCUUGAUCGUCUCAAAGUUAUGAUGCAGGUUCAUGGCUCGAAGGGGAAAAUGAACAUAGUUGGUGGCUUGCAACAAAUGGUGAAAGAAGGAGGAGUCCGUUCCCUUUGGAGGGGAAAUGGUGUAAAUGUUGUUAAAAUUGCACCUGAAACAGCUAUCAAGUUCUGGGCCUAUGAACGGUAUAAGAAAAUGUUUGUUAAUGAAGAGGGAAAAAUAGGAACUAUAGAACGAUUUAUAUCUGGUUCUCUGGCUGGAGCAACUGCACAGACAUCUAUUUAUCCCAUGGAGGUAUUAAAAACAAGACUGGCAGUGGGUAAAACAGGACAGUAUUUUGGGAUGUUUGACUGUGCUAAGAAGAUUUUAAAAAUGGAAGGGGUGAAAGCCUUUUACAAAGGUUAUAUUCCCAAUAUUUUGGGAAUAAUUCCAUAUGCUGGCAUUGAUCUGGCUAUUUAUGAGGCAUUGAAGAAGAUGUGGUUAGAAAAAUAUGCCACAGACUCUGCCAACCCGGGCAUAUUAGUAUUGCUUGGAUGCGGUACUUUAUCCAGUACUUGUGGCCAGUUAGCCAGUUAUCCACUUGCCCUUAUCCGAACUCGAAUGCAGGCUCAAGCAAUGGUAGAAAGUGGCCCUCAACUAAACAUGGUUGGCCUUUUCCGAAAGAUUGUUGCUAAAGAAGGAAUCCUUGGACUAUACAGGGGCAUAGCUCCAAACUUCAUGAAGGUGCUUCCUGCUGUCAGCAUCAGUUAUGUGGUAUAUGAAAAGAUGAAGGAAAACUUGGGAAUAGCAUAAAAAAAGAGAAAUCAUGUGAGAGGCUAUCAAGGAAUAUUAACCCAGAUGAAUUUUUGGAUACUAAAUUCAUUCAUGUUUACAGUUACAUACAAUUCCUCUGCGCAAAGAUUCUGCAAGUCUUGUCUUUAUGACGUCUUGAUGGAGAAAAAAACAUUUUCUGGGAACAUCUAGGUAAUGAAAAAAUUGUCAAAUAUUUCAUUGCUUAUCUAGCUGCUUGUUGGAAAAGUUUUUGACGAUUUUGUAAUUAUUUUAUUUCUCUAAAAUGUAUAUUACUGGGUUAAAGCUAUAUGAGCACUCUGUUAUGACAAUUUGUAUUUGAUUGCCCAGUAGGCAAUUCAUGAGCAUUCUAAACAUCCAAUAUCAUUGUACAUGGAUAUUUUAUAAUAUGAUAAUGAUUCUAUUCUUUUUUUUGUUAAGUCUUUCUUUGUAAACUUAAAAAAAUCUCAGAAAAAUUAUUCAGAAAGUCAUCAAAUGUCACACUGAAAUUCUUUGAUACAUUUAUUUGUUCAGUUCCCCUUGUAACAAAUUACCAGAAAGAGCUUGAAAUGAAAUGAAUGUGUUUACAUCAUUAUUAGUCAUUUCAAUGGGAUGUGCACAGGUGGGUUCUGGUCCUCCAAACAUUAAUCUUAGAAGAUUGAUGAGGAUAGGAACCAGUCCAGAUACACCUGGAGCUGAUAUAUUAAUCAAAGUUACUGCUAUUUACAAAUAUCUGAUACAGUUUGUGUGCACAUACAACAUCCUAUUCCUAUUUCAAAUGAAUGCAAGUGUAAACAUCAAGACAUAUGUUUUAACUUAACAGAAACAUCCUGCAGGUAAUUAUCUAACCUCUGUUAAAAAGUUUCCUAAAAUUUCUUAACUUUUCAAAAACUCCCUUCCUUCCUAUUGCCUCCUCCCUUCUUCCACAGUUGCUUAUCAAAUUGCAUGCUUUGAAAUGCUAAUGCCCUCCUUACCUAGGCUUGCUUUCUCUUCCAAGGAGGAAAAGUCUUGAGCUACCGAAAGGAAGGGAAAGAAAAAGAAUACUCUCACAUUUCCUUUCUAACCCUUUGAAGACCCUCACUGACAUCUGAACCACCUUUUCCCCCCUGCAGUGGUACUUUGCCCAGGACUGCCUUGUCCCAUGGUUUUCUUUUUUAGCUCUGAUUUGAUUCCCUUUCAGACAGCCUCUCCUCCCAGCUGCUUCUCUUGCAGUUCUGUUUGUUGAACAUGUCCCCCACAGUCCUCUUCUGCUGUGUAGCCUUGGUUCCCCUAGGUCCUCACGACUCCUUUCCAGUCCUCUGCUUGUUCAGUCUCCUUUUUCACCGUCAGCAUCUCCUGUAGACCCUGAAAGAACCACCCAUCCCCUUGCCUAUCUUCUCUACUUUUUAUAUACCUAGUCUCCAAAAAGCAUAUGUGCAAAGUUGCACGUGCUUCAAGGAGUUAGGCAUUUUUCUCAUUGCUUAUGUGCUUUAAGCCUUGCAUCUGAGAAGAACAGCCGUUUUUUGUAUCAUGGCAGCUCCUGCUGCCACACUUGGCUGAGUCCCGUUUUAAGCAGCUGGACAUUUCACUUGCUAUUGGUGGGACCUAACUAUUUCUGACUUUGGCAGGAAAUGUUCUUGGCAGAUUGCGCCAGUCAUUCAUAAAUGUCAGUUACAAUCACAUGCAAAUCUUAAGUGUCUGGUAGGUUGCUUUCCAGGUAAUAUGUUGGUACAACAAAUUAAGGCUGUUCUUGUGGUUGGUUAUGAAAGAUAAGUGGCUGUUAGGGAAGGCUUAUUUCCCAUAUAGGUGAGGACAUUUUGAAAAUCUUGCUUUAAACUGCUCUUUAUUUUAUAUAGAUAUAAAGGCAAUUUGGAAACAAAGUGAGAAUGGCAUAAUUUGUUUAGUCAAACAGAGAAGCCAUUAAUUUGUUUUAGGUUUUUGGUUUUUUUUGGGUAGAUCAGAGCUUAUCUCCUUGAUGGAGAGCUGUACUUCUUUAACAGUGUAAUGGAGAUUAUUAAAUCAAGAGAUAAAUCAGUACACACUGAAAUGUUUGAUUUAUUAUAUUGAUUAGUCAAACAACCAUAUCAAAUCAUAUCACAGUAUCAACAUAAUAAAAUAUAAUAAAAUAAACUGAAAUGACAUGAACUAAACAGCAAUAAAGAACAUCCCCAUCAAGCUACUAAACUUAGUAAAACGAUUGUAAGUAACUGGAAAUCAAACCAUAAGUGUAUUGAUGGGCAACUAAAUAUUGCACUGAAAAAUCAUUUAUAGCCAGCCUGUAGUAACAUCCACUUUUCAAGUGUAUUUCGGUUAUUUGUGAAAUGAAAGGCAGGAAUUGCUGUGGGUUGAAUAAUUGUUUGCUUGCUGCACCAAAGUAAGCCCACUUAAUUACAAAUAUAACAGCAUCAUAAAGGGAGAUUCUUUUCUUGGCAUUUCUUGUUUCUUUCAAACCUGGCUAUUCUUUUUAACUGAUUAAAAUGUUCUUCAAGAAUGGCAUGGAGAAGGGCCUGAGUGAAUGAUUGCUUUGUUGCUCUUUGGAGCUUCUUACACUACUUCUGGGAUUUUCAUUACCCAGCUCUCUUGAGCAAAACUCUUAUUCUUAAAUAUGCACAAAAAUUAUUUGGGAGAGUAUUAUGGGACAGUACUUUCAUGCUAUGACACGUGUAUUGCUGUCAUAACAAGAACUACGUACGUAAUCAUGUCAGCAGAGGUCUGCUGUAGCUAUUGAAUACAUAUUUGCCUAUAUGAGGCCAUAACUGUUCGGGGAAAUCUAGUGUAAUUUUUCCAAACCACUUUGUGAAAGAGUAAAUCAUAGCUGUAAAUAUUUUGAACCAGUGUCUUCAGCAAACACUCCUUAAUAAUCUUUUUAAAACUGUCUUGGCAGAAAUGAUAAGACAUCCUGUAUUAGUGCAGUGGGGCUAAGAUACAUGGCAAUGGGGCCUAGUGCAUUGUGUUCACCAUUUUUGAAUGACAGCCUUUUCACACUGCAUCUUGUCUUUCAGAAAACCACACUUGAUCAAAACCAAAGAGUUGUUCAGAAAUAUACAGUAUAUAAAGUGUCCUGCUUUUAAAAAAAAGAAAUGUAUUGCAUACUGUUGUGAAAUUCUUUUUAAUACCUCUCUUAAUUAUAUUUUUCAUUAAUCUAGAAAUAUGCUUAUUUGAAAAAUAGAAUUGAAAAAUUACCUAAGCAGUAUGCGGACCAGAUUUGUUGUUUUCUUGUUUAAGUGCCCUUAUUAGAGUACUGAUAUUGAUGAUUUGUUAACUCUUGGGAGAUGACUUGAGCUUGGAUAAGCUUCCUUUUAACAUGUACCUAAACAUGGUUAGAUUGUAAUUAUUGUGUGCUUCAUCUGUUCCUUGGUGAAAGAGAUGAUACUUUGAAGUCUGUUCAUAAUAAAUGAGUUUUGU